AGGAUAAUAGUGUAACAUGGAGGUGGAGAAAGAAUGCGGCGAGCUCAACAACCUGAACAUCAGCACAGUUGCCCAGGAUACCCAGGAUGAGACCGUUCCAGACCACCAGAAGAAGAAACCAUCCUGCUGUGCAUCAAUAAAGACUUUCCUGGUCGCUCUUUCUUUCUGUUAUUUCGCUAAGGCAUUUUCUGGGAGUUACAUGAAGAGCUCAAUAACUCAGAUUGAGCGCCGCUUCGACAUUUCCUCCUCCACGGUCGGGAUAGUGGACGGAAGCUUUGAGAUUGGAAACCUGCUGAUGAUUCCCUUUGUUAGUUACUUUGGGGCAAAGCUUCACAGGCCGAGGAUCAUCGCUGCUGGCUGCUUAAUGAUGGCGUUGGGCAGUUUCCUUACAGCGAUGCCACAUUUCUUCAUGGGACCUUAUAAGUAUAAUUCAAUGAAGGUGGAAAUGUCUUCGCAAAUCAAUUCUAUAGACUCCACCUAUAGUGUCUCCCCAUGUCUGGCCAACACAACAUUAACUGAGGACAUCAAACCAGAGUGUGUGAAGGAGACAAGUUCUUACUUUUGGGUUUACGUCUUGGUCGGGAAUAUGCUGCGAGGAAUCGGAGAGACCCCCAUUACUCCUCUGGGAAUCUCUUACAUUGAUGAUUUUGCUGAGCCAAAGAACACAGCACUAUAUAUAGCUUGUCUGCACACUGUGGCGUUGUUUGGCCCGAUGACUGGAUUUAUGCUUAGCUCGUUAUUCGCUAGGCUUUACGUAGAUAUCGGAUUUGUGAAUCUUGACACAGUGAUUAUUACACCACAAGACACACGAUGGGUUGGGGCCUGGUGGAUCGGGUUCCUGUUGGGCGGAGUCCUUAUGCUAAUUUCGGGAAUUCCUUUCUGCUUCCUGCCUAAGAGUAUGUUGACGAAAAAGACACAGCCCUCCCCUGAAGAACAGAAGCUUAAAGUAACUGAGUGUGAUGAAAAAGCCACAGUAAAUGGCUUCUUCCUCUCCCUGAAGGCUCUGGUUUGUAAUCCGCUUUACAGUAUCUUGAUUAUAAUGACUCUCUUUCAAAUGAACAGCUUUCUUGGAUUCGUAACUUACUUACCCAAGUAUAUAGAGCAACAAUAUGGCCAGUCCACCUCCAAGGCCAACUUUAUCACUGGAGCAUCCCUUCCGGCAGCGGCUCUGGGAAUGUUGCUGAGUGGUCUGAUGAUGAAGAAGUAUAAGUUUGGAUUGCUAUCUGCCUCUAAGUUGGUCUUCAUUUCCUCUCUUGGGUCCUUCAUCUUUUUUCCCUCGAUCUUUGUUAUUGGCUGUGAAAGACUUGAAGUGGCGGGGAUGACCGUGUCUUAUAACGGGAGCAAACUGGACACAUUAGGAGGCAACCAGCUGUUCUCCGACUGUAACAGCGACUGUAGGUGCUCCACCAGCCAGUGGGAUCCAGUGUGCGGAGUGAAUAAUAUCACCUACAUGUCAGCAUGUCUGGCCGGCUGCAAAUCGUCCACAGGAUCUGGAAAGAGCAUAGUUUAUCAGAACUGCUCGUGUAUUGAAUCCAUGGGCUUCCCAUCAGUUAAUUCAUCCGUAAUGCUUGGCUCGUGUCCUCGCAGUGACAAUUGUGAUAAAAUGUUCCUCAUCUACAUCAUCACACAAACCCUCUCAACUUUUGUAUUUUCAAUCAGUGGACCUGCCUCCUACGUCAUUGUCCUCUGGUGUGUAUCUCCCGCACUGAGGUCUCUGGCUAUCGGUAUCUACAUGUUUCUGAUUAGAACUUUAGCUGGAAUCCCAGCUCCAAUUUACUUUGGGGCUCUCAUUGACAGAACCUGCCUUAAGUGGGGGACAACAGUCUGUGGAGGGAGGGGAGCGUGUCGUUUGUAUGACGCCCACUCUUUCAGGAAAACCUACAUGGGUCUCACCGCCGGGAUAAGGGCCCCAGCCAUCAUCUUAUUUCUCUGCUUUAUAUUUAUGGUAAAGAAAAAGUUUCCUGUGAGAAAAGAGAACGAACAAGAAGACAAUGCAAAGGAACUACCACACCCUGAAGAUGGAAAAGGGGUGCACAACACUCCUGAAAUAGAGAAACAGACUUUUAUUUAGUGUGCAACCUCCCGGUACAUGAGAGGACAGAAAUCCCUAAUAUUUUUGUUAUGUAACUGAUAUGAGGACGUUACCGAGGUGUACAUGUAGAGAGAUGAUGUAGAUUAAAAUAGUUGUCUUAUAUCUAAUAGUCACAUGACUCAACAGGUCACCUUUUCUACCAGAUCACCCAAUAAACUACACGGGAGUCCA